AAUUUAGGAUAAACAAGGUGCCUAUUGCACUUAAUUUAGGAAUUCUAAGGCAGAAAAUGCCUUUGAGUGCAGCUAACAGCUUCUUGUCUGCAAAUGCCACAAUCAAGACAAAGCACAAUAUAUUGUGGCAAAUUCUGCAGUUCACAGUCGUGACACAGUCAAAACCUCCUAUUUCAGUGAGGGAGACUUCUGCUUGUAUUGUGGCUGCUUGGGAUGCAGGAUUUCAGAGCAGCGUUAAUAAGAAUAACACAGCAAAUUUACAGUUUCAAAAGUCCUGCAGGACAUGCAGCAAACGCCGGUGAUUCAAACUGGGUGAAGUUGUCAAAGGUUGCUUUGCUCUCCAGAGCCUGGCAGUAGCUCCGCUGAAAUGUGAUGCCAUUGGUUUUCAGCAAAGGUUUCCUUCUGCAGGGCUGGGAACAGAGAUCAGCUGCUACUGUGUAUACACAACUAGGGAGCAAAUCAAGCAGCACAUUUAAGCAGCCUUUUUAACCCUGAGACUUUCCAAGAUUUCUUCUUCAUGCAGGAAGUUUCCUUUAUAUUGUCAGCUGUAGCACUUUGCUCAUGUAAUGAGAUCAGAGCUAAGAUCACUGCUGCACAGUAGCAAGACUUCCUUAAGACAUUUGUCCUUGAAACUGCACCAAACUCUUGGAAGAACCCAGAACCUGUCUUGGAGGAGUGAGCGCCUGGUGCAGUCUCUGCCUGGCUCCUUGGAUUUGCUGACAUUUGGGCUGUUUCAUUGCCAGAGGAGGCUUUGUGUGUCCCAAAGGAAGCUUCUCUGCAGAAUGUCAAGCAAAGAUCGACACAUUGAUUCUAGCUGUUCGUCCUACAUCAAGACGGAACCGUCGAGCCCUGCCUCUCUGACGGACAGCAUCAACCACCACAGCCCCGGUGGCUCCUCAGACGCCAGCGGGAGCUACAGUUCCACCAUGAAUGGACAUCAGAACGGGCUGGACUCGCCUCCCCUCUACCCUUCAGCCACAGGGCUUGGAGGCAACGGACCAGUCAGGAAACGAUAUGAUGACUGCUCCAGUACCAUUGCUGAAGAUUCACAGACCAAGUGUGAAUAUAUGCUGAACUCGAUGCCCAAAAGACUGUGUUUGGUGUGUGGUGACAUUGCGUCAGGGUACCACUAUGGAGUGGCUUCCUGCGAGGCCUGCAAGGCUUUCUUCAAGAGGACAAUUCAAGGUAACAUAGAAUACAGCUGCCCAGCAACAAAUGAAUGCGAAAUCACAAAGCGCAGACGCAAGUCCUGCCAAGCCUGCCGCUUCAUGAAGUGUCUAAAAGUUGGCAUGCUGAAAGAAGGUGUCCGCCUAGACAGAGUACGUGGAGGUCGCCAGAAGUACAAGCGCAGAAUAGAUGCAGAGAAUAGCCCAUACCUGAACCCUCAGCUAGUUCAGCCAGCAAAAAAGCCAUAUAACAAGAUUGUCUCCCAUUUGCUGGUGGCAGAACCAGAGAAGAUUUAUGCUAUGCCCGACCCCACUGUUCCAGACAGUGACAUUAAAGCACUUACUACUCUUUGUGACCUGGCAGACAGAGAACUGGUGGUGAUCAUUGGAUGGGCUAAGCAUAUUCCAGGAUUCUCCACUUUGUCUCUAGCUGACCAGAUGAGCCUUCUGCAGAGUGCUUGGAUGGAGAUCUUGAUUCUUGGUGUUGUAUACCGGUCACUUUCUUUUGAGGAUGAGCUCGUAUAUGCUGAAGAUUAUAUUAUGGAUGAAGACCAAUCCAAAUUGGCAGGGCUUCUUGACCUUAACAAUGCCAUACUGCAGCUGGUAAAGAAAUACAAGAGCAUGAAGCUGGAGAAAGAAGAGUUUGUCACCCUCAAAGCUAUAGCACUCGCUAAUUCAGACUCGAUGCACAUAGAGGAUGUUGAGGCAGUGCAGAAACUUCAGGAUGUCUUACAUGAGGCUCUGCAGGAUUAUGAGGCCGGGCAGCACAUGGAAGACCCACGUCGCGCAGGCAAGAUGUUGAUGACUCUCCCACUUCUGAGGCAAACCUCUACCAAGGCUGUGCAGCAUUUCUACAACAUCAAACUGGAAGGCAAAGUCCCCAUGCACAAACUUUUUUUGGAAAUGCUGGAGGCCAAGGUCUGACUAAAGCAUCAUGGGCUUCCCCAUCAUGCACGUUUUAAAAAAAAAAUAAAAAAAGAAAAAAAAAAGGGAAAAUAAACAGGAUAAUAAUGGCAAAGAAACUUAGUGUUUAAUUAAGGAAAAAAAUGACUGCACUGAUAUUUAGCAGCAAGACUGUGAAGCAGCUUUCAACUUUUUCUUCUGUGUCUUUCUGAUGCAGUUUUCCUUUUCCUUUUCUUUUUCUCUCUUUUCCUUUCUGUUCUUUCCUUUCCUUUUUCCUUUUCUCUUUUUCCUUUGCUGCUGAACUUUUUAAAAGAGGUCUCUAAUUGAAGAGAGAUGGAAGCCAGGCCUGCCAAAGGAUGGAAAUCCAUAAUAUGGAUGCCAGUGAACUUAUUAUGAACCAUAAUGUCCCCAAUGACAAAGGAAUCAAAGAGAGAACCACCGUACCUAGCAGUACAGUACAACACGAUGAACUGACUGAAUGCAGUAUUAGAUUUCAUAGGAGCAGUCUCUAAUUAGACGACUAAGCGACGAUGCAUCGGCUGCUUCUUAUCAUUGCAUUUUCCAUCUAGAUCAGUUACAGCCAUUUGAUUCCUUAAUUGUUUUUUCAAGUCUUCCAGAUAUUUCUUAGGUUAGCUACAAUGUAACUUUUUCAGGGAAUAGUUUAAGCUUUAUUCAUUCAUGCAAUACUAAAGAGAAAGAAAUACUGCAUUUUUGUGCUGGCUUGAACAAUGAUGAACAAUAAUGAAGGACAAAUGAAUCCUGAAGGAAGAUUUUUUUAAAUGUUUUGUUUCUUCUUACUAACGGAGAUUUUUUUGUACCAGCUUUACCAGUUUUCAGCCAUUUAUUAAUGUGGGAAUUUAUCUUACUAAAGCAAUAGUUGAAGGGAAGGUGCAUAUUAUCACGGAUGCAAUUUAUGUUGUGUGCCAGUCUGAUCCAAAACAUCCAGUUUCUUAACAUGAGCUCCAGUUUAUAACUAAAUGUUCACUGACUCAAAGGAUUAGAUUACACCUACAGUAUAUCCGAGUAGUCUAACAUAUAAAUACUCCAUGUCAAAUACCAAUCUGUACUGGUGUUAGGAGACAGCGACUGUACAAAGGUACAGUCGCUACGUGAUUUCUAACUGCUUCAGUUGCAAAUGAACAAGAUACUGCCUGUUUGCAAAGUUGUAACCUCACAUGCAGAAAACCCUAUGAACCAAUAGUAGCUUAGAGGCAAUAAGGCAAAUGCCAACAUUUGCAAAAUUAAGAAAUCAGAGUAGUAGACUUCUGACCAAAUUGAAGAAUUUAACACUUCUAUACCUUAUUUAUUGAUUUAGAUUUUAUUUUGUAAAUGGCAAUCUUUAACAAGUAGCUAAACCAGUAUAUGUGCUUUUCAACCAGUAUUGUCACAGCAUGAAAGUCAGUCAGUUUCAAGACUGUUACGAGGUGUAAUCUAAUGUAUAAACCAAUUAGAUGCCCCCAGAAAACUACAGUCGCUAAAUAACCAAUAAACAAUAACCUUCAUCAAAUGCUAUACCAAUGUACCAGUGUUAGUAGCUGCUCCCUGUACUAUGUGAACAUCCUUAUUCUAUGUACACAGAUGUAAUUAAAAUUGUAAUCCUAACAAACAAAAGAAAUGUAGUUCAGCUUUUCAAUGUUUCAUGUUUGCUGUGCUUUUCUGAAUUUUUAUGUUGCAUUCAAAGACUGUUGUCUUGUUCUUCUUGUGGUGUUUGGAUUCUUGUGGUGUGUGCUUAUAGACACAGGGUAGAAUUAGAGACAAUAUUGGAUGUACAAUUCCUCAGGAGAUUACAGUAGUAUAUUCUAUUCCUUACCAGUAAUAAGGUUCUUCCUAGUAAUAAUUAAGAGAUCAAAACUCCAAACAAAUACUCGUUAUGAACAGAUACACAUUGAAAUCAUAAUAUUUUCAAAACAAGGGAUAAUUUCUGUAACAGUUUAUUAUAGAAUACCAAUGUAUAGCUUAGAAAUAAAACUUUGAAUAUUUCAAGAUUAUAGAUAAGUCUAAUUUUUAAACGCUGUAAAUAUAGCUUUUACUCAAUCAUCUCUCAGAUGUUGUUAUUAACUCGCUCUGUGUUGUUGCAAAACUUUUUUGGUGCGGACAAGUUUCCAAAACUAUUGCUACGUUGUGUGCUUUAAACAAAAUAACAAUGGGCUGAUGCUCCAUCAGCCUUGUGCUAGGAAAAAAGAAAAAAAAACUGUGUAUCUAUCAUUAGCUAUAUGGGACUAUAUUGUAGAUUGUGUUUUCUCAGUAGAGAAGUGACUGUAGUGUGAUUCUAGGUAAAUCAUCAUUAGCAAUUCAUUCAGAUGGUCAAUAACUUGAAAUUUAUAGCUGUGAUAGGGAGUUCAGAAAUUGGCACAUCCCUUUUGAAAAAUGUCAAAAAAAAAAAAAAAUACAACUCCUGGGAAAAAGGUGCUGAUUCUAUAAGAUUAUUUAUAUAUGUAAGAGUGCAAAAAAAAAAAAAAAAGUUUAUUUUCCAGAAAGUUUGUGCAGGGUUUAAGUUGCUACUGUUCAAGUACACUAUAUAUAUAUAAAUAUAUAAUAUAAAUAUUGUUUUUGCUGUAUCACAUUAAAGAACUUGGGCUUCAGGGUCAAAAGCCAAUCGACUAGAAGAACACACAAAAAAAAUGGAGAUGUGUUAAAGGCACACGGUGCAAAUUUUAGUUUUCCUUUUCUGUAAUUUUUUGGAGCUGCAAAAGAACAAGUAUCUCAAGACUGUAAAAGCAUUACCUGAAACAUAGCUAAAAGAACUGCAUGGGCUUUAUAAUGUUGUUCAUCUUAAACCUUGCUGGAGAAGAGUUCUUUCAAGACCACUUACUUAAUGUGAAGUGUUGGGAAAAUUUCAAAGGGUGUAUGUUUUAGCCAUAACAAUUUAAUUUCUAUUUUUGCUUCAUUUUUUAAUUUUUUUCUUAUUUAAAGCAAUAUGAUUGUGUAACCUCCCAGAAGUUACACAUUUGUUUCAAUCAGAUCAGAUUGUUGUAUUUAUUCCACUAUUUUGCAUUUAAAUGAUAACAUAAAAAGAUAUAAAAAAUUAAAACUGCUAUUUUUCUUAUAGAAGAGAAAAUGGGUGUUGGUGAUUGUAUUUUAAUUAUUUAAGCGUCUCUGUUUACCUGCCUAGGAAAACAUUUUAUGGCAGUCUUAUCGUGCAAAGAUCGCAAAAGGACAAAAAAAAUUAAACUGCUUAUAAUAAUCCAGGAGUUGCAUAAUAGCCAGUAGUUAAAAAACGAAACAAAACAACAAAUAAAAACAAACAUGUCUAUAGCUGUAGAUGGGCUUCACAUCUGUAUAGCAAUCAACUGUAUAUUUUUGUGAUGUGUAUCAUACCGUGUGCUCCAACCAAUGUCCAUUUGUGUAAAUGUAUUUAUUUUAUAUUGUAUAUAUUGUUAAAUGCAAAAAGGAGAUAUGAUUCUGUAACUCCAAUCAGUUCAGAUGUGUAACUCAAAUUAUUAUGCCUUUCAGGAUGAUGGUAGAGCAAUAUUAAACAAGCUUCCACUUUUGAUUGCUUUUAUUUUA